UUGCUCUUGUGUGACGCUCAUCGUUUAUGUUGGUGAAGGGUAAGAUGUCUUGUUCGCGUCUGCUUCGUACCGCCCACCAACAACCAACUACGAGAAACUUUGGAAUUGUUUCCAGUUACUUCGUAUUUUGGUUGAUUAAUUCUCAAAUUAUAUUUAUUUAAAAGUAAUUAGAAUUUUUUUGGUCUCUUUACAUUUGCUUGCAGAUUCUUUAUUUGCCUUUGGAAAGAUACCUACCUAUAUAGGACUCUCCUAUUCGCAGUAUUAUUGACACAUUUCUUGCUCAUUUUGCUGUCUUUUACCUAUUCACUAUAUUAGUAGUAGGUGCCACUUUAUAGGCCUGCAUCGUUUUUUCCUUCUUUUUUUUUUUUUUUUUCUCUCCCCCUUCAGCCAUUGGGAGUUUAAGAUAAAAACAUGGUGAAACGUCGUACAGCCGCUGUCCUUCCAAUUAAUCUCCCUCAUUUACAGCAUUUGGUAAAAAAGGAUCCUAAAUCCUAUAGGGACGAAUUCUUGCAGCAGUGGAAUCAUUAUGAAACUGUCAGAGAGAUCUUCCUUAUUCAACCGUCAAACGAUGUUACAGAAUUCAAUUCUCUUAUAGACUUUAUUGCUCAAACAUGCAACCACUAUACAGACAUCACUAAAGAUUUUUCAAAGGAAUUGAUGGAUUUACUUCAGAAAAAUCAUGCCCAAUUUCCUUUUGAACUCUCUGAAAAAAUUGUACAAGCACUAGUCUUAUUGAAAAACAAGAGUGCUUUAUCACCCAUCGCACUUUUGCAGUGCUUUUUUCCUUUGUUUAGUAGCAACCCUUCCCGUGCCUUUCGUGACCUCCUAUAUGGUCAAGUUUCUUUAACGGUGCGCAAUGCAAACAAGAAAGCUAAGGACGAUAAAUUGAAUAAAGCUGUUCAAGCUGCUUUAUUCACUCUAGUGGAAACUUCGGACACGGCUUCUGUCACCCACACGGAUUAUUCCAACAAAAAGCAGGAGUAUUCACCUAAUGAACUCACGGGUAUGUGGGCCGUGAAAAUGGUUCAAGAUCUAUGGAAACGGAAUAUUUGGUCAGGUGAUGCUCGUGCCGUCAAUAUCAUGAAAACAGCCGCUUUAUCGAACAAUACUAAAGUUAUGCUGAGUGGUAUCUAUUUCUUCUUGGGGGCCGAUACCCAGGGCGAAGAAGAAGAAGAUUCGGACGAAGAAGAUACAGACGUUGGCAGAUUGAUGCAUCAAUCGACCAUUAAUAAGAAAACUAAAUCACGUGAAGCCCAGGUAGAGCGCAUUCGUGCUCGUUUAAAAAAGAAAGAAAAGGGAAAGCUCGCACCCCCUACGAACGUUAACUUCCCUGCUCUUCAACUUUUAUACGAUCCUCAAGGGUUCGCUGAAGAGCUUUUUGAAAAGCAAUUAGUGAACUCAAAGCGAUCACUUUCUAUGGAUCAUAAGCUUGUGGUUCUCCGUCUCCUAACAAGAUUGAUUGGUGCUCAUAAGUUGACCGUCUUAGGUCUUUAUUCAUACAUGAUGAGAUAUUUAACCCCUCAUCAACGUGACGUUACUCAGUUUCUUGCUUGCUUGGCCCAAGCUAGCCAUGAAUUUAUCCCUCCUGAUGUUUUAGAGCCUUUGAUUCGAAAAAUUGCUGAUGAGUUUGUCACUACGGGUGUUGCCAACGAAGUUGUUUGUGCCGGUAUUAACGCUAUUCGAGAGGUCUGCGCACGUUCCCCUUUUGCAAUGACAGCAGAUCUUCUACAGGAUUUGACCGAGUAUAAGUCUAGUAAGGAUAAGGGUGUUAUGAUGGCUAGUCGUGGUCUCAUUAGUUUGUACCGUGAAGUUGCUCCUGACAUGUUGAAGAAGAAAGACCGCGGAAAGGUUGCGUCAAUGGAGUUGAAGGAUCGUACUCCGAUAAAGUUUGGCCAGGAACUGAAUGUUGUUCAUGGUAUUGAAGGCUUAGAACUUCUUGAGAACUAUAAAAACGAAAAUAAGGAUGAUGGAAACGAGGAAGACGAUGAGAAGUGGGAAGUUAUGGACAACGAUAGCGAUUCGGAAGACAGUGAAGGCUGGGUUAACCUAGGAAGCGAUGAUGAAAUAAACAUCAGCGACAGUGACGAGGAAGAGAGUGAUAAGAAAAACAAGGAAAGGGCAUCAGAAGACAAAGCUAAAUCUGAUGACGAGAAGAACAAACAGGAAAUCUCCAAUUUGGCUGCUCGUUCUAUAUUGACACCAGCUGAUCUGAAGAAACUGGAAGAGCUGCGCGAAAAAGCUAAUGUCGAUCGCUUAGUUCAUGGGCCAAAACGCGCGCACGACAAUGACGGUGUGGUUGAUAUAUAUGAUAUCGAAGGACCAAAGAAGAGGAUAAAGGAUGAUCGUGAAGGACGUUUGGCACGUGUCAUGGAAGGUCGUGAAGGCCGCGAAAAAUAUGGCUCCAAGAGUAACCAAUUCAACCCUACAAGUCUUUCGAAUAAGAGGAAGCAAAAGAACAAGAACUUUAUGAUGAUUAAACAUAAAGCAAAAGGAAAGGCUGGCAGAAGUCUUAUGCAGAAGCGAAAAUCUCUGCGAGAUCAUAUUGAUCGCGAGAAAAAACGUGUUAAAUAAGGUAAAUAUUGAUGUCAAUGGUUUUCGAUGGUUUAAUCUUGUCUCUGGGUGAAUUUUUUUGGUAAUAGUAUUAUAGAAAGGAUCGGUUU